AUGACACCUUCUCCACCACCGUGUCCAGUUUGUGAGGCCCCAUCGAAUGGAUUUCACUUCGGAAUCGAAGUUUGCAGUGCCUGCUCUGCCUUCUUCCGCCGCACCGUCUUCAAAAACCGCAAAUUCCGUUGCUGGGGAGAGCCUAUCAAUUGCUGUAAAGUCGUUUCAAGUGCAAGAACUUCUCCAGAAUUUGUUUAUCCUUACCGUAUACCUAUUUCAGCUGGAUCCGCAUUCUGUAAAAGUUGUCGAUUUGCGAAAUGUCUGAGUGUUGGAAUGCAGAAAGAAAUAGUACAAAAGGGGAGAGAAGGAUACGGAAGAAGAGAGAAAAUGGAAUUGGCAGUUGUUUCUUCUUCUCAAAAUCUCAAUAAUUUCAAAAUCAAUCGUCAAGGUCUUCCGAUUCUGGACACCAUUGUGGAGACCUAUAAGACAUUGGAGAAUGUCAGAAUUUGUGUACAUCGGGGGCCAAACGGAGAAGUAUUUCCGAAAAGAUCACCGAAACCAGUAAACUAUAAGGAGACAAUAGCGGUUUUCCUAAAAGAGUACUAUUUGGUUGGCGACUGGCUGUCCCAUUGCUUUCCCGAGUUCGCGGCAUUCCCGGUAGAUCAGAAGGACCUUCUGCACCGUAGCUUUUAUCUGCAAUUCGUCGUCCUCGAGGGUGGAUUCUUCUCCUGUAACCACAAAAGAAGUGACAUUCGAUACCUUCCAUCCGGUGACUACAUAGAUUGUGUGAAUCCUGAGACGUAUUACUACGAUCCUGAUGGAUUACAACCAAUGACUCCAGAUGAGGCAGUGACAAUGUUCGCGUCUUCAUUCCAAAGCUACCGGCGGAACGUGACACAUCCAAUGUUGCGAGAGAACGCGGAUCGAUUUGAGUUUCUGGCGCUAACUGGGUUAGCCUUGUUUGAUGCGGAUCUAGAGAAUAUAUCAGAAGAUACUGCGAGUGUCUGUCGGAAAGUCAGACAGAGGAUUCAGAAGGAGAUGCUCAAAUAUUAUAUUUCUACAAUGACUCCUGAAGACGCAUCAUUGAGAUUGGGAAAUUUGAUUUCGAUAAUUCCGAGUUUACAUAGAGCCACUCGCCGAUUCUUGGAAGAUAUCGAGUUGAGUCAUGUGCUCAAAGCGUAUGCAGUCGAUGAGAAGUUCUAUGACAAUUGCUUGCCGAAAUUUGGACAUCUUUGA